UAAUCGUGAUUAUCAUGUCAUGUUAUAUAAAUAUAUUCAUGUAAAAUUAUCUUAGUUGCACAUUUCUUUUUUAAUUUCGCCACACGCGUUAUCUUGAAGGAUUAAAAUACAAGACUGUUAUCAACCUAUCGUCGUGGCAUUCAGACGAGUGAGGGAGAUUAAUUUUAUAUUAGCAUCAUUGAGUAUAGUAGUUGAAAUAAUUAAUAUCAUUCAUAAUAUAUUCUAGCUUUAUUGUGUUAUUGCCUUGAGUUUUUUUCAAUGUCACGCAAUUCUUUGUGUUUCUUAAUAAACCAACCACAUAGAUUAGCAAUAAGUGGAAUUAAAUAAAUAAAUUUAUUUUUAUAUUGUGGUUAAAUAUUCAUCAUUUAUUUUACUGUGAUAAAUUGAAUCGUCCAAAUUUUAUUAAUAGUGUGUUAAAUGAAUUUUGAUAUAAAUAGUUAUUGUGAGUUUUUAUGGUUUAGUUACUAAAUAUAUUUACAUCAUUGGAAUGCCUGGUACAUCAACGUAUCCAAUGUACGUUGGACUUGAAAGACCAGCUCCAAGACGAAGAGCUAGUACAUGGAGUACUAGAAGAAACUUAGAAUAUGUAGUACCUCAAAGGCCUAGUCGAAUAUCACUGGCUGAAUUGAUGAAUGAUGAAUCAAUCAGCAGGCUGAGAUUAAAAGUCAUAGCAGGGCAUCAACUUGCUAAAAAAGAUAUCUUUGGUGCCAGUGAUCCUUACGUCAGGAUAGAUUUAUAUUCUAUCAAUGGUCAUGAGACUGUCGACUCUGUACUUACAAAAACUAAGAAAAAAACUUUGAAUCCUGUUUGGGAUGAAGAGUUUUUGUUCAGAGUGAAACCAGCUGAGCAUAAACUAGUUCUUCAAGUUUUUGAUGAAAACAGAUUAACAAGAGAUGAUUUUUUGGGGAUGGUUGAACUGAAUUUGUUAAAUUUACCUAAAGAACAACAUGGCAGAACCAUUCCAACUAAACAAUAUAUUCUUCGUCCACGCAGCCAUUCCAGUCAAAGGCCAAAAAUCAAGGGUACUUUAGAAUUAUACCAUGCCUACGUCAUAGAUGAUUCAUCAGCAACUGCAGAAAAUGGAGAUGGUGAUACUGCCUCUGACUCCGGAUGGGAAUUAUUGGAUCAACUAAGUCUAAAUUCAAUGGAUAGUCCUCAAUCAAUGCCUGAAACUUCAUCGACUGGACCGUUACCACCAGGUUGGGAAGAACGACAAGAUGCUAAUGGUAGAACAUACUAUGUAAAUCAUAUAGCUAGAUUUACUCAAUGGAAAAGACCAUCUGUACAAAAUACUGCACCUACUUGUGGCAUCUCUAAUGAGCAACGAAGUUUAGACACAGCAGCAACUGAAUUUCAACGGCGGUUUCACAUAAGUGUAGAUGACACAGAAAGUAGACAACAUCGCAAUUCAGCUAUUAGUCAGGAUCGAGAAUUAAUUCGAGAAGAAGAUGAUGUCAGUAAUGGAGAUAGUGAAGAUUCGAAUGAGUCGGAACGUAUGAGAGAUCGUGGGGAAACAGGUGAUGGGGAUAUAUCUCCAACGAAUUCUGGACAGUCUGUCGACAAUGAGGGCUAUUUGGGAGAAUGUGAUGAACAGACCGAUGAUAAUACCGACAGUCCAGCAGGUUCUAGACGAUCAUCUGAACAGCCAUCUCUUCCAAUUCCCAAUGGUGAUGGAUUACCCACAGGAUGGAGCAUGCAAUUAGCACCUAAUGGACGAAUGUUCUUUAUCGAUCAUAAUGAACGAGCUACAACAUGGGUUGACCCAAGAACAGGAAGACCAAGCCCAAUGCCUAAUCACAAUGUGCCUUCGGCUACUUCUCGAAGUGAUUUAGAUCAACUUGGACCACUUCCAGAAGGAUGGGAAGAACGAGUACACACGGAUGGCCGUAUCUUCUUCAUUGAUCAUAAUACAAGAACAACACAGUGGGAAGAUCCUCGAAUGUCCAAUCCUCAAAUAGCUGGACCGGCUGUACCUUACUCUAGAGAUUAUAAACUCAAAUAUGAAUAUUUGAAGUCACAAUUAAGAAAACCCAGCAAUGUACCAAAUAAAUUCGAGAUAAAGGUAGCUCGAAAUAAUAUUCUGGAAGACUCAUAUCGUAUCAUCAGCUCUGUGAAUCGAGUGGAAAUACUAAAGACCAAACUGUGGGUUGAAUUUGAGGGCGAAGUAGGGCUGGAUUAUGGUGGAUUAGCCCGUGAAUGGUUUUUCCUUUUAUCAAAGGAAAUGUUUAAUCCAUACUAUGGCUUAUUUGAAUAUUCUGCUAUGGAUAAUUAUACGCUUCAAAUAAACCCUUUUUCUGGUGUAUGUAAUGAAGAACAUUUAAAUUAUUUCAAAUUCAUUGGACGUAUUGCUGGUAUGGCAGUUUAUCACGGAAAACUUUUGGAUGCAUUCUUUAUAAGGCCAUUUUAUAAAAUGAUGUUAUCAAAAACAAUUGACCUUAAAGACAUGGAAAGUGUAGAUUCGGAGUAUUAUAAUUCAUUAUUGUGGAUAAAAGAAAACGAUCCAACGGAAUUAGAACUGACAUUCUGUGUAGAUGAAGAAAGUUUUGGACAUACUUCUCAACGAGAAUUAAAGCCUAAUGGCGCCAACGUACCUGUGACAAAUGAGAAUAAAGAUGAGUAUAUAAGUUUGGUAAUACAAUGGAGAUUUGUAUCAAGAGUCCAAGAACAAAUGAAUGCUUUCUUGGAUGGUUUUAAUGCCUUAGUUCCUCUAGCAUUAGUCAAAAUAUUUGAUGAAAAUGAAUUGGAACUUCUCAUGUGUGGUAUUCAACACAUUGAUGUUAAAGAUUGGAAGAAAAAUACAUUGUAUAAAGGGGAUUACCAUGCGAAUCACAUCACGGUACAAUGGUUUUGGCGUGUUGUUUUAUCAUUCAAUAAUGAAAUGAGAGCCAGAUUAUUACAAUUUGUAACUGGUACAUCGCGUGUGCCCAUGAAUGGAUUUAAAGAGUUGUAUGGUAGUAAUGGACCGCAAUUAUUUACCAUUGAAAAAUGGGGAACACCUGAGAACUAUCCACGUGCUCACACAUGCUUUAAUCGGAUUGAUUUACCACCAUAUGAAAGUUACCAACAAUUGAGGGAUAAAUUGAUAAAAGCUAUUGAAGGAUCCCAAGGAUUUGCUGGAGUGGACUAGCGCGAGAUACCAUUUUUGAUGAUUAUUCCUGUAAUAUAAUGUAUAUUCAUGCAUAUAGAUAUUAUUAACAUAUACAUUAAUGUAAAAUCAGUAGGUUGAU